UUGCUGCUUACGCGCCGCCGCCGCCAAACACCAGAGUCCCCCCGCUGCAGUGUACCGGUAUCCUCGCCCCGUCCUCCAUUGGAAGCACCAGUGACAUUUCGCCUCGUUCGAGUGGAGAAUAACUAGCGAGUGUCGGAUAUGUGGCGACUGUGCACGUGCCUCCUGAUGCUUAUUAAUUGCUCGGCAAUAACGGCAUAUGAAUGCAGUUCCACUCAGAUCAAGUGUGCGAACAGCCGUUGCAUCACCCGCAGGUGGGUUUGUGACGGCACUGACGACUGUGGCGAUGGAACCGACGAACUGCCAGAAACCUGCGAGGCCAGAAAGUGUCUAGCGUCAGAGUUUAGCUGUGGUGCCCCCCAGCAUGUGUGUGUACCGCAGAGCUGGCACUGUGACGGCAAAGCGGACUGUGAAAACGGCACGGACGAGGAAAACUGCAUGGCAAAGGAGUGCACGGCCCAACAGUUUCGCUGUGCUUCCGGCGAGUGCAUCUCCGCUAGCUUCGUGUGCGAUCACGACAACGACUGCCCGGAUAGCUCCGACGAAGCUUCCUGUCCGAAACCCACCUGUAGCCCGCUCACCUUCCAGUGCAACAACACGGCGUGCGUUUCCAAUAUCUGGCUCUGCGACGGCGACAAAGACUGCAGCGAUGGCUCGGACGAGUGGCCGGAGAACUGUGCCGACAAGCAGCCCCGCAAGGAGGUUGUGGCUUGUCGGGAUCACGAGUUCCAGUGUGCUGAUGGAGAGUGCAUUAACGGGGGGUGGCGCUGCGACGGGAGCGCCGAGUGUUACGAUCACUCGGAUGAAGUCAACUGCACUCAUCCCACCUGUUCCCCAGAUGAGUUCCAGUGUAGCGACGGCACUUGUAUCCACGGCAGCCGUCAGUGCGACAAAGUGCAUGAUUGCCCAGACUCCAGCGAUGAGAUCGACUGCCAUGCAGAAAACGUGUGCGAUGGCCCCGCUCAGUUCAAGUGUAGCAGCGGCGAGUGCAUCAGCAUGGCCAAGGUGUGCGACAAGCAGAGAGACUGUCGAGACAGUUCAGAUGAACCAGUCAGACAGUGUGGUCGCAACGAGUGCUUGGUCGGGAAUGGCGGAUGCUCCCACGGUUGCAUCGAUCAGAAGCUCGGCUACAGCUGCUCCUGCCCUGUUGGGUAUACAUUGAAGGCAGACAAAAGAGGUUGUGAAGACAUCGACGAAUGUGCAGAGCCCGACAUUUGCAGUCAGAUUUGCAUCAACGAGCCCGGCAGCUACAAGUGUGAUUGUAAAGACGGCUAUGAGAUUGACCCUGUCAGCAAGAAGUGCAAAGCUGUUUCAGGCACCACGCCCACACUUUACUUCACUAAUAGGCAUGAUGUGAGGAAGGUGACGGUGGAUCGCAGUGAGUACAUGCGUGUGGUGAGUGGGCUGAAGAACGCCGUGGCUCUGGACAUGGACAUGCCAAACAAGGUCAUCUUCUGGUCCGACCUUUCGCUCAAGAAAAUCUACAGCUCCGCGAUCGACGCGGCCGCCAACUCCUCCCAGCCCACUGUGGUCAUCGGCGAUGGGAUCGAGGCCCCGAAUGGCCUCGCCGUUGACUGGAUCCACGGCAACAUCUACUGGACCGACAGUUCUUUGCGACACAUCUCCGUGGCGACAACAGACGGCCACAAGAGAAAGACACUGAUCGCCGACAAUCUUCAGAAGCCGAGAGCCAUCACGGUGGAUCCUGUGAACAACUUCAUGUACUGGACUGACUGCGGCGAGGAGGCAAAGAUAGAAAAGAGCGGCUUGAACGGAGCCGACCGCGUUGCCUUGGUAACGGACAACAUUGCGUGGCCUAAUGGAAUCACCCUUGACCUUGUCAACCAGCGCCUCUACUGGGUGGAUUCCAAGAUACACACCCUGUCCAGUGUGGACGUGAACGGUGGGACCAGACAUGCUCUCAUUCUCAGCGAAGAAAAGCUCUCGCAUCCCCUCUCUCUGGCGGUCUUUGAGGAUAAAGUAUUUUGGACGGACACGGGCAACAAUGCUGUUUUCAGUGCCAACCGAGCGACGGGAGAGGACAUUACGGUGCUGGCCGCUGACCUGUACCAGCCAGAGGAUAUCGUGCUCUACCAUAACCUCAAGCAACCAAGCGGUUACAACUGGUGCACAGAGGGGAACAGUAUAAACGGAGGGUGUGAGUUCCUCUGCCUUCCUGCUCCUGUCAUCAACCAGCGCUCGCCCAAAUACACCUGCGCAUGCCCCGAUCACAUGAGCAUGGCACCCGAUAUGAGGAAAUGUGUGGCGGGUUCAGUAACACCUCCAACCAUAAUCAACAAGAGUGAGCCAGACCACCGGGCCGUUAUAACAACAACCUCAACCUCAACAACAAUGACGACAGCCAAAGCUGCCGAAACAACCAUGACUACCUCGCCCAUCCGCCCCAGGAAACCCGACAUCUCCCCUGCAGCCCGGCCUUCUACUCCAGCUCAAGUCAACAGACACGCAGAUGUGCCUGCAGAGGCGCAGUCGUCUCACACCGCCGCUCUCUACAUCGCGAUUCCAAUCGUGGUCAUGAUCAUGUUGCUGUUUGGAGCGGUGUUAUUAUGGAGACACUGGCGACUGAGGAACACCAACACCAUGCACUUUAUCAACCCCGUUUACCAGAAGACCACAGAGGACGAGAUGCAAAUCCGCAGGAACUCUGAAGGCUAUGUCCAUCUUCAGCGGCAAAUGCUGAGUACGGAGGACAUUGACGUUGCAUGAUCCCAACAUGUCAAAGACAUUCGCUUUGAUGGUCGGUCGGUUGCUGAUUUUCCAGCAUGAAAAUGAAGCCAUUUUUGUUUUUCUAGAAUUAUUUUAUCAUUGCUGUCACUUCGUUUGUGACCUCGGCGCAAUCCAAAGAAGCACUAGACAUUACAUGAAUGAAGAUGGAGGAUUGGGUGGGGCAUACCUGCCUGCAGUAUGCCACCAAGUCAAACCCUCAACAUGUCAUCAGAAUCAAGAAUUUCAGAAGACAAAGCUCUUUCUUGCACAUCUUUUUUUUUGUGCAUGUCUGAAUGUAAAGGAGGGAAAAAAAGCCUUUUGCAACUUUUCCAUAACAUAUUUAUUCCUGACUGCUGCCUUGUGCUACUGUAAACCGCCCAAUGAAUUUUCCAACGCAUGAUUAUGUCCAUGUUGGGUCCAACAAGAUGCAAUGUGUGUCAACUCACUGCUGGAGAAGAGGCACGCAUUGGACAAUGAGGCGGAUACACAGAAAAUCACUGCCAUAAUGCAGUGCAAAAAGAGGUCAACCAGAAACGGCAAACAAAGUGCACACCGGCAUGUCAUUCUACAAUAUUUAUAAAACGUGUACUUAAGCAAGCUUUGUCGCACACCUGGCCUGCUCGUGGACAAGCAGGCAGGCACACGUGUGCAGUGAACAUUUCAUCUUCGAGGACUGGUUUACAGUUUGUGAUGGGCCAUGGCAUGCAGCUGACAUUAAAAACCAAUGCCGUGCCGAGUAUUUUUAACGAGAAGGCGAAAUGGGAGCUGAACUGGCCGAGGAAAGAUUUGCGCGACUUCUCUAAACCUUCGCGAUCUGUGGCAAUGCAGGUGACGCUUGCGGGGCUGAACAAAAUGCCAACGGGGUCCACGCUCGUAAAUUAACCCAUUGAGGCACUUGAUUAUGCAUGCAAGGUCGGACAUGUUAGUUCCAGGAUUGUCCACGUGUUUGUAGCUCACAAAUGAGCACCAUUUCUGGUACACCUCCUGUUCCACUCAUUCUCCAAAGUGUAGACCAUCGUGCGUUGAAU